CCGCACCCACAUCUAGCAUCUUGGCAGACAUUGAUGCUGGUAAGCUCUACCACGAAAUAUGAUGGUUCAAGAAAGCUCAGACAGGGUUCUUUGGAUUGAUUUCGAUCGUGCCCAAACCUUCUCGUAUGACUCAAUCACAAUUCGCCAACGGCAAUGGCUGGAAGAGGAAGAUGAAUUGGUGGACUAUUUUGUUGAUGCUCUUGCGGCAGACUACAAGGAAGGUAAGAUUCAUCGUACAUGGGAGUGUUAUUAUGAUAGUAUUUACGAAUUCUCUUGAGUGUUUAAUCGCAAACCCGCCAGGUACACUCCCGCAAAAUCAUUCAUGACAUAAGACACUACGGCAAGGAAUUGGCUAUAUUGGUCUCAAAAGAGAAAACAUGUGUUGGAUAGA